AUGUCUUUUCUCGCGCUCCCCAACGAGCUGAUCGCUCGCAUUUUAGGGGCUAUACAAACCGACUCCAAGAGGGAGUUGGUGAAGUUGCGGCUCGUUUGCCGUACGUACUCCUCCCCCCCUCUCCUCCUAACCCUCCUCUAAUGUUGAUAAUAGGCCAAUUCGAUGACCACAUAUCCCGCAUCAUCUUACGGACUUCGUGCCGGCGCGAGCUCGAUAUUCGCCGCAGAUUACACUGGCGACCAAGCAUCGAAUGGAUGCUGACCACAAAGGCGAGAACCCAGACGUUCGAGCAAGGUGUAUUCGCAUUCGUGCACGACGCUGCCGGGCAUCUGGUCGAUAAUAUGAGGGGUGUGAUCCCGCAGCUUACGUUGGAUACUGCUGUUGUCGCGGCUUGCCGUCUCAUCGUGGCCGUAGACGAACCAUCGUGGGUUGUCAAACACCUCGUCACCUGGAAGCCCGGAAAUCCUCUGCCACAAUCCCUGUCGAGUUUGAAAAACUACACCCGCGGUCAGAAGGUACAGGACCCCGAGAGAUUCUACGGGAUGUUGCAUCUUAUGGUGGCCUGCGGGGACAAGGCGGCUAUCGAAUCGGUCAUGAGGAAACGGACCAACAUUGACGCGGUAGACUUAGCUGCUAUCCAUCCUGUAUUUGGGGACCUCAUGCGUUGCGCCAUUAUAUUGGAUCAAGUGGCUGCAAUCCGCGCCUUGCUCCUGCACGGAAUCGAUCCCCGCACUGUCAAUGUCGAGGGCAACAUGAUAGGAACCCUGGUGUAUGCUGCUGAGAUGAACCGAGAGGCAGCCGUCAGGGCUAUCUUGAGCGUUUCAACCAGCAUAAACAUCAACACGCGAGGAAGGUUCGGCCAUACCGCGCUUGGCUGGGCUGCUCGUAGGGGAUGGACGGACGUUGUCAGACUGCUCCAAAGAGACGACAUCGACCCAAAUCUGGGUAAUAAACGGCUAGAAUCGCCCAUGGCCGCGGCAGCAAAAGAGGACCAUGAAGAAAUUGUGCGUCUGCUUUUGGACAGAACAGCCAUCAGGCCACUAUCAUUAGGCUCAAGGUUGUCUUGCCCGUGGAGGGUGGCUCUAGAGUCGGGUGCAACUAAAGUUGUACGGCUCUUCCUGGACCGAUUUGGUGAUGCCAUCGAUAUCAAUAAAGUCCUAUUCAAUGGGGAGUUAGCUUUAGGCCUGGCAGCCGAAAAAGGCUUUACAGCGCUGGUUAGAAUGCUCCUCGAUGUUCCAGGCAUUGAACCCGACAAGAUCCAUAUGAAGUGCUGGACGCCGCUGGCACGGGCUGUGAGACGACGACACACGGAAGUCGUUCGCCUGCUGCUACGCUAUAAGGUCAACUUUGCGCAUAGACCAGGCCGCAUGGUGCUCACCCAGAUGGCUUGGCGUCAGAACUGCGGGGAAAUCUUUGAGCUGCUCAUCGAAAGAAUUGCGGAAAGCGGCCUCGACUCUUGGGAAUCGUGGUAUGAGGUCUUCGGCUUGCCUCACACUUUUUUUGAGAGUCUUCAGAUGAAAGUGCUGCGGACAUUUUUGAACAGCCCUAGAUUUCGAAGCGAGAGAAGACAUGACCUGGAAGCGAUUCUAUGGUUAUCAGCGGGAACCGGCAGAGUUUCUGCUGUCGAAGAAUUGUUGCGUUAUGACGAAGUCGAUCCAAAUAUUUGCAUCAAUGGUACGACACUGCUGGCACUCGCGGCGGACAGCUAUAACGCAUGCAGAAUAA